UGUAGUAUAAAUUAUUUACAAUUAAAUUGUGGAUCUCGGAGGAAGAAAUUUAGGAAUAUGGUGAGAGGAACCUUUAAAAGCCUGAUAACAGCCGAGUUCGAGUUACAGAUGGAUUCCAGAAAACAUUCUAGAAAAUGUGAUUUUGAGUGUAUGAGUAGACGAACACAGAGAAAACUAAAGAAAGCUAUAAAAAUAUUGAGAAGAACGAUUAAAAAGGAAAAAUUUACAGUGAGAUAUGAAGGUUUUAAUUAUGAAGUUAUAAAGAAAUCGUUUAAAGCAGAUAAACAUUACGAUAUGACAUGUAAACAUGGUAGCAUCCUUAAAAAUAAUAUUUGUAUUGCAUGCAGUAUCGGUACUUAUAUGAGUAAGCAUGAAAAGAAAUGUCUGCCUUGCCCGAGUGGUACAUUUCAAGACGAGGAAGGGAGAACAGAAUGCAAGAAAUGUCCAUCGAAGAUUCCUAAUUCUGGUGUUGAAGGGGCAGCCAACGCAUUACAAUGUCUUGAACUAUGUGAACCAGGACAUUAUUCAGAAGAGGGUUUAAAACCAUGUAAACCAUGUGAAAUAGGCAAAUACCAACCACAGUAUGGCCGCACCAUGUGUAUGCCUUGUGGUCCUGGAUUAUUAACCAGAAAAAUAGCGGCCAGUCACUUCAGAGAUUGUACAACUAAAGAGGUAUGUAGAAAAGGUUAUUUUUAUAACUUGAGAAGACAAAGAUGUGAACAGUGUAAACAUGGAACCUAUCAACCUAGUUCUGGUGAAAACUUCUGUAUUCCCUGCCCUGUUGGUACCACCACUGAUUUCCGUUCUUCUACAGAUAGUUCUGACUGUAAAAAUAGGAGAUGCGGUGGUUAUAGAGGAUAUUACCAAGGUGUUAUAGAAACACCAAAUUAUCCCGGCAAUUACCCUAUCAAUGUCGGGUGUACCUGGAAAAUCAAACCUGAAAAACAUCGUCGUAUAUUAAUCAUCAUACCACAGAUAGAAUUAGAGGCUAAUGGUAAAUGUGGUGAUAGACUUGUUAUUCGAAAAUCAAAAUCAGAUGAAAGUCAGAAUACUUUUGACACGUGCAGAAGUCAAGUUAGACCAGUGGCCUUUACUACCAGGUCUAAAAAAAUCUGGAUCAACUUUAGAUCUAAUAAUAAUAAUACUGCUAAAGGGUUUUCUAUUCCCUUUGUAACAUAUCAUGAACAAUACCAAAGUUUAAUAGAAGAUAUCGUACAAGAUAAAAAAUUAUACAAUUCAAAACAACACCAACAAAUAUUUCAGGAUCGGAAGAUACUAAAAGCUUUAUUAGAAGUGAUAGCCCAGCCUUAUAAUUACCUUAAAUAUGCUAAUGUAUCGCAUACAAUGUUUCCUCGCUCAUUCUUUAGACUGUUAAAACCAAAAGUGAGAAAGUUCUUUUCAACCUGAACAAAGUGUGAUUAUGUAAAUGUUAUAUAAGUUGCUUUAUGAUCAAUAAAUAUAAAAUUAAAGUGUAAUCACGGGAAUGUCUCGCAGGACAUGCUC